AUGGAGGAGGCGGUCACUUACGCUGGUGGUGAUACCUCAUCUCCACCAGACCUCCGAAUUCUACAUUUCAAUGAUGUCUACCAUCUGGAUUCCUCCUCAGCUGAGCCUGUAGGCGGGAUUGCCCGCUUUCAAACAGUCAUCAACCACUACCGCAGUGGUGAGAAAUUCAAAGAACAGCCAGAGCUAGUGACUCUGUUCUCUGGCGAUGCAUUCAAUCCCAGCCUGGAGAGCAGUGUCACCAAGGGAAGUCAUAUGGUGCCCAUUCUGAACAACAUUGGAACAGAUGUUGCCUGUGUAGGAAAUCAUGAUCUCGAUUUCGGUGUUCGGCAAUUUCGGAGCUUGACAUCACAGUGUACCUUCCCUUGGCUCCUUGCAAAUGUCCUAGAUCCGGCCCUUGGAGACAGUGUUCCUCUUGGUAACGCACAAAAGACCCUAAUGCUUACCUCAUCAAACGGCAUCAAAAUUGGAGUAAUUGGACUUGUUGAGCGCGAAUGGCUGGCCACAAUCAACACGUUGCCGCCCGACUUGAUCUACAAAUCUGCAUCUGCUACGGCGCAAGAAUUGGUACCUGGACUGCGAGAACAAGGAGCGGAGAUCAUCAUCGCAGUCACACAUCAACGAGAACCUAACGACAACAAGCUUGCAGAGAAGACUCCGGAAGGCCUGAUAGAUAUCAUUCUUGGUGGGCAUGAUCACUUCUACAACCACUCGCUGAUCAGUGGUACCCAUGUCUUACGUUCUGGGAGUGAUUUCAAGCAGCUCAGCUACAUCGAAGCCCGACGAAAGACGAAUGGUAUAGGCUGGGAUUUCAACAUAGUGAGGCAAGACAUCACUUCUGCCAUAGCCGAGGAUGAAGACACGCUUGCUCUCACUGAGAGACUGACCGCAAAAUUGAAGGCGAAACUGGGGAGACCACUUGGGUAUACGGCUGCACCUCUUGAUGCCCGAUUUACGACCGUACGGCUUAAGGAGUCCAACUACGGCAACUUUAUUUGCGAUCUUAUGCGAUCACAUUACUCUGGAGAUUGCUGCAUCAUGGCGUCGGGUACAAUCCGUGGAGAUCAGAUAUAUCCACCGGGAGUCUUGCGUCUGAAGGACAUCAUGGAUUGCUUCCCUUUCGAGGAUCCUUGCAUAGUGAUCCGAAUAACUGGAGCCGCAAUCAGUGCCGCUCUGGAGAACUCCGUUUCCACUUAUCCUGCAUUAGAAGGCCGCUUCCCACAAGUGUCAAACAUCAAGUUCGAGUUUGACCCUUUGAAGCCGAGUGGUAAUCGAGUUAGCUGGAUCAAGAUUGGCGGCGAGCCUGUUGAUCUCGAGCGAAAGUAUGUGGUCGUGACACGUGGCUACAUGGGUCGAGGCAAAGAUGGAUUCGACUCCCUCCUUGUCGAAUCUGAAGGCGGAGUGGCCGAGGAGAUUGUUUCGGAGGAGAAUGGCAUAUUGAUCAGCAUGAUGCUGCGGCAAUAUUUCAUGUCAUUGAAGAUCCUAGGUAAGUGGAAACACUGGGGCAAAAGUUUGAACAGGCAUUGGGAAGGUGUGAAGGAAGACCUCCAUGCGACGCACCCCGUGGUUGAACCCACCACGGAGGCAGGAUCUGGAGAUAGCUUGCGUGGAAGAGGGUCGAUGGCCGCCACUGGGACAAUCACUCCACUCGAUGACUCGGAGGAUGAAGGUGAACAUGGACGUGUCCAUAUCCCACAGAAGUGGAGCGAGCAUGAACUGCAGAUCAUUCGAAGAGUUAUGCGCAAGUGGUGGCGACUCGCAGGCCUCAAAGGCGCACCGAAGUGCUGUGAUAGUAUUUCUGAGGGUGAGUUCAUGGUGGACUGGACGAGGGCCAUUGCGCCCAGAUUAGAAGGACGCAUCAAGAUCACGGGGAAGAAAGCUUCGAUCAGUGCAGGCCAGUGA